UUAUCAAUAAACCAAAAAUCAUCGAGUCAAGGCUCUGAAAAAACAUCACAAAUCGGAGAAAAACACAUUUGCUUGAUUCCAUCCGAAUUCGGUUUCUGCUAAAACAACGUAUAAUUAAGUUAAACAUCCAGAUUACCAGAAGUGAACUCAGCACAAUGUCACUAAUGGAUAGAAUUCGACAAAGCUAUUGGUUGGAAAACAUGCCACAAAGAACCAUCGUAGCUACUAUAAUAGCGUCGCUACUGUUUUUCACAGGAUGGUGGGUGAUCAUCGACACAGCUUCUGUUUACGAACACUCGUUCAACUUUUCGUACUACAUAUGUGGUAUUCUAGCGACGAUUAGCUUCUUCAUGGUGAACGCAAUAUCUAACGAGAUGCUGCACAGUAGCAAUGCAUGGACCGGUGGUGUACUGGGGGCGAGUGGCAUAAAGGUGUUUCUUUUUGCUGGAUUCGUGCUGGGAUUUACCUCCAUCAUUGCCGCCAUCUGGAUUAUGAUUGCAGAAUUCGCUGUUAACGAGUCACGAACCGACAAGUAUCCCGGCUACGCAUUACUCAUUCACAAUAUAUUCAUUUUCUUUUCCACGCUGAUCUACAAAUUCGGUCCUCAGAAUGAAAAUGAAUAUUUGGCUAGCUACUAAAUGGCCUUCCAUCUUAAAACCCAUCAGCUCGAGCAUAUGAAUCAUUGUUCCAUCAGCGUACAUUAUAAUUUAACCUUUUAAUCUGCUUAUCGUUUCGUAUAUUAAACACAAACGAGAGAGCGCUGUCCAACGGUCGCUGUCACUCAUAUUUAGCGUAUUCCACGGCGAAGUUGCGGUGUUUUGAUUAUUUUUAACCAUUUUUUGUUCUUAAUAAGUAUACACUCCAAAUGUUUAGUGACAAAGUGACGGAAUAAUCGAUUGAACUUCUUAAAUGGCUCAGUGCCCAAAUUCCCGAGAUUUCCAAAAUAAAUCUAUAAUGUAAAAACAAACAGUCCCAAGAAAAGAAAAAUUAAUGGAUCAAGUGUAACCAAUAAACAAGUAUC